AGAGAGAGAAAAAUAUCUGUCACACCUUCCUUAAUUAAAUUCACGCCAUGCUCAAAGGGGAGAGGCCUCCCCUGUUUCUAUAAUUAGCGCUGAUUCGUUUCUCCUUUCAACACCUUCUCGAGUGAAUUCAGUUUACAUUUCCACCCAAUUUUGUUCUUCACUUUUUCCUUCUCGAGUGAAUUUCAAAACGACCCAGAUCAUGAAUUUUGCCCGCCAGGUGAAGGAGGAGUUUCCGGCGUCGAGUUCUCCCUUUUCCGGCGGAGUUCUGCCACCCACGGCGACGGCAGCUCCUCCUCAGCCGAUGGAGGGGCUUCACAAACCGGGUCCGCCGCCAUUUCUGACAAAGACAUAUGAAAUAAUCGAAGACGCAGCCACCGAUCAUAUUGUGUCUUGGAGCAGAGGCAACAAUAGCUUCGUCGUUUGGGAUCUUCAAUCCUUUUCCUUAACCCUUCUUCCCAAAUACUUCAAACACUGCAAUUUCUCAAGCUUCGUUAGACAACUGAAUACCUACGGAUUUAGAAAGGUGGAUCCAGACAAGUGGGAAUUCGCUCACGAAAGCUUCUUGCGAGGGCAGAGACGUCUUCUGAAGCUGAUUCGAAGGAGAAAAGCUCUGCAACCGAACGUUUCUCACCAAGCUCCAGACCCAUGUGUCGAGGUCGGACGAUUUGGGCUCGACGGCGAGGCCAACCGGCUGCAGCGUGAUAAACAGGUAUUAAUGGUGGAGGUAGUGAAGCUAAGACAACAGCAGCAAACCACGAAAACGUACCUCCGAACAAUGGAACGUUGGCUGGAAAAAACAGAGACAAAACAACAACUAAUGAUGAACUUCUUGGCAAAAGCAAUUCAAAACCCAGAUUUCAUCCAACACUUAAUCCAUCAAAAACACAAGCACAGAGAAUUAGAGGACGCCAUCAACGGGAAGCGAAGACACAUCGACCAAGGACAGCUGCCCGUCCGUGAACGACAGAUAGCCAUUGAUGAUCAAAUGAACCAAAAAGAUGAGAGUUUAGAGAAAGAUGAUGAUUUGGAUGAGAGGUUUUGGGAGAAUUUGUUGAACGAGGCUAAUGAAGGUGGUUAAACAAACUCCACUCAAUUUA